AGGAGGCGCCGCUCGCUUAUGUGUGGAGCGCGUGCUUUACAGCGCGGCUCCUGUAGAGAGCGGUAGAUAGUUUUAAUAAGUGCGUACAGCACUCCUAUUACUGUACUGUAUUCGAGCAGAGGGAGGAGCAACCGUGUAGUAUUUCUUUCUUUUCCUUUUUUUUUAGCUCCUUUUCUCCACCUUGUCGUUGCAGUUCAUCCAAACGCUACUAGAAAACAACAGAACUGUCCGCUUUCGCUGAACGGCUCCUGGUCGGGAGGAGGACGGGGAGCUGUGCGCCGCGGGACGGAGCUUAUUUACGGUACAACGCUCAGCGGCCAGGCGGACGGCCACGUUCGGCGUGAGAAGGUUACAAGAGGGGCCGACACAAGUUACAGCGAGCGGGGGGAAGAACCCGGCAGACUUUCUCCCGCUUCCGUCUCGCUGCCCUACUUUCCACGCGGGUGUCCACCACGCUGCGAGGGCUGGAAGUGACGAAUUCCUGUGUUGGAAUCGAGCUGGGAUCAAACACAAAGGGAGGACUCUGAAGUGAGGACAGCUGACCAUAGAGGACAGAGAAGGGUGGACUGUGCAACACUGCAGACCUGGGGAGAUCAUAAACGCACGGAAACACUUACAGUAUGACUGGUUUGUUCCCACCGCUCCGGCUGUAACUCUUAAGACGAUUCCAGAAGGACCUUCACCUUCGCCUCAGGAGUUCUCCAAAUCCUUCAUAUUGUGUGUCUACCACCUUUCGGUCUUGCAGGGGGUUAACCCCCGCCCCCAUCAAGGGAACCCCAGAGACGGGCCUCUGUUAUGAUUUACUCUCCUGCCCUCACUCCACAACCAUCGAAUGACAAGUGUGCAUCCGAGGGUGGGGCUUGCCUCAGUCUCUCACAAUUGGUUGCUGAAUGGAAUUAAGGUGAAUGGAACACAUGCCCAAGGAGCAGGACUCUAACUCUAACCCAUCAGAGGGCGAAGAAAAACAGUGGCUCAAUGGCCCUAAAAGGAAGAGGAAGAACAGCCAAUGUUCAGUGAAGAGCAUGACUGGGUAUAUUCCCAGCUACCUCGAAAAGGAUGAGCCAUGUGUGGUGUGUGGUGACAAGGCCACUGGUUACCACUACCGCUGCAUUACCUGUGAGGGCUGCAAGGGUUUCUUUCGUAGGACCAUUCAGAAGAGCCUCCACCCGUCCUACUCCUGUAAGUACGAUGGCUGCUGCAUCAUCGACAAGAUCACUCGCAACCAGUGUCAGCUGUGCCGCUUCAAGAAGUGCAUCGAUGUGGGAAUGGCGAUGGACUUGGUGUUGGACGACUCAAAGCGAGUGGCUAAACGCCGCCUGAUUGAGGAGAACAGGGAGAAACGCAAAAAGGAGGAGAUGGUGAAAUCCCUCCAGACCCGUCCAGAACCCACCGUGGACGAGUGGGACCUGAUCCGCAUGGUGACUGAGGCACAUCGUAACACCAAUGCUCAGGGCGCGCAGUGGAAACAAAAGCGUAAAUUCCUGCCUGAGAAAAUUGGCCAGUCUCCUGUUGCCCCUACAUCAGACGGAGACAAGGUGGAUCUGGAAGCCUUCAGUGAGUUCACCAAAAUCAUCACCCCUGCCAUCACCCGUGUUGUGGACUUUGCCAAAAAACUGCCCAUGUUCUCUGAGCUGCCUUGUGAAGACCAGAUCAUCCUGUUGAAGGGUUGCUGCAUGGAGAUCAUGUCGCUGCGGGCUGCCAUACGCUACGACCCAGAGAGCGAAACAUUGACGCUGAGUGGGGAGAUGGCUGUGAAGCGCGAGCAGCUGAAGAACGGCGGGCUCGGCGUGGUGUCUGACGCCAUCUUUGAUUUGGGCAAGAGCUUGGCGCAGUUCAACCUGGACGACACAGAGGUGGCGCUGCUCCAGGCUGUGCUUUUAAUGAGCUCAGACCGCUCAGGCCUGACCUGUGUGGACAAAAUCGAGAAGUGCCAGGAGACCUACCUGCUGGCAUUUGAGCACUACAUCAACUACCGCAAGCACAACAUUCCUCACUUCUGGCCGAAGCUCCUGAUGAAGGUGACAGACCUCCGGAUGAUCGGCGCGUGCCACGCCAGCCGCUUCCUCCACAUGAAGGUGGAGUGCCCCAACGAACUCUUCCCCCCACUCUUCCUCGAGGUUUUCGAGGACCAGGAGGUGUGACACAAAGCUGCCAUGGUGCAAUGGAAAAAGAGGAAGGCUGCGCCAAGCGGAGAAUGGGCCAUCACUUGUACGGCGGGUCAAGGAUGGAGGGAGAGUCUCAUCGGCUGUUUGCAGUUUUAAAACUGGAAACAUCAAACGCACCAGCAAACAUGGGAGUGAGACCAACAUUAUUUAUGUUAUGUGGACACCCUCUCCUUCUUCCUACUAUGUCAAACCCGUUGUGGGAGCCUUUCUGUCUGAGCACGAUCCAUGAGAGUUGCAGCCAUUUGCCAAGACAUGGACACAAAACACGCAUGACAGACAAACGCUGCCCAGUUGUUCAGAGCGACGCUCCGCCUCUCCCCCUGGCAGUGGUGGUUUUCAAAGCCCAUGUUUCUAGUGUCAAAGCUGGCAACACCUUGCAGUAUUACGUCUGGAGAAGUGUUAAAACGCUGAUUCAGAAAAUAUGGACAAUGGUGACAUGUUGCUGGCAGUCAUACAGGCAUUCAGCAUACACUGAAAUUUCAGCGGACUUUUCUGAGCAUUUCUUUGGUGAAUGUUGGCUGCGGCGAAGCUGACCUCCUCCUUGACUCGAUAGCGAGGCGUUCCCGCUUCUCCUCUCCGAUUCCGCUGACACGGGUGCUAUAUUUAUAGACGUCUGCUCCAGUUUUAUGAAACUGUGGUUUUAAGAAUCGAGCAGACCUCAGCUCCAUUACCUACCUUCAUUUUUUUGUAAGCGGACCGGCUCCGUGAUGCGCGGCGCACACACUCGCACACUCACACAUGAAUGAGCAGAUUUGCCUCGUCAUUGCCAGUGCUGCCCGUGCCAGCAGCUUGUCGUCUGAUGAAUGACAAUGAAGCCACCUCUCUCUGAGAGACUGCUGCAUUGAAGGAAGCAUAACAGAAAGUGAUAGAACGAUGGAGCUGCACUGCGCCGUCACAUCCGGGGGGUGGGAGUAAAUCUUCCACCUUCUGUCUCCACAGAAGUUUUGUGCAGCAACCCACCAGCAAGACAGCAGAGCUCAUGUUGCACACAUCCGUCUCUCUUUGUUCGAGACACAUUUACACAAAUACACACAACUUCACCUCAGAGUAACGAAACGCCUCGUUUUACUGUAUGCACUGCGCCGCAGUGUUGAUUUUUGCAGCCCGCACCUGCAGGGUUUCUCCAAGUUUGGUCUGCACAGACUGAGCUCAGCGUGGCCCCUCCAGGCUUCCAUACGCACCUGCCUUUUUGUUUUUGGUGUUUUGUUUUGUUUUUUGUUUUUUACCAUGGGCAUGACUGAGAGCAGGCAAAUGCAAAGAAGGCUACCAUUUACCUCAAAACGGACACACCCCAAGGCUGGGGCAGCAAUACUGCCCCUGUGGUGUCAGGCACUACCUCACGUCUGUGGACACGGGACAGCUGCCCACAGCUUACACACGGACACACCAAUGGAGGUGGCACAGAUGUGCGAAUUUUCUUUCAUAACACUCAGAUGAAACCCUCAGAGCUGUCUUGGUUCAUCAGAGCAGUGGUGUUUCAUCUGAACUUGGUCCAGAUGAAACACCACUGAGGGGCCCCCUGCAAGCUCUUACUGACUCCAGGGAAUCGAACUCAUGUCUUUUGUUAUAAGGGACCAAGUGUCAUUUUUUAAAUUUUUUUUUUAUUUUAAUUUCUGUGAAAACAGAAUGCAACCCAGACGAAAGGGUAACGAGAGGACCCAUAACAGGGUGUCGACCUCUAUGACGGCUACAGCGGUUUUUCAACGCUUAUCAUCAGAACAGGAAUAUCCAACACAUGCCGGUCAAACAGCCUUCGGGAUAUUAAAACCAGAUAAUCCAAGCCCACUUUGUUCCUUCCGAUUCUAGGGCCAAGUGUGACCAAACGCUCCGCCAUAGGAGUACAGCGAAGUGGCAGAGGAGCAUGUGGCCCAGAUCUGGCAGAAAUGCAAAACAGAAGGAGGGAGAAACCGGAACACCAACUUUCUUGCACAACAGCCCUUCAAACCUCCCCCUACCCAAGGGACCCAUCCCCAUCUCUACCCCAGCCCUUCAAAUUGCCCUCUCUGGAGCCCAGCUCAUACCGGAUUAACCACAGAACCCACUCAGCCAGGCUGGUGGGAGUUUUUGCACUAAUGCAGCAGUCCUCCCUGAUGGCCCUCCCCUCCCUCAUCAAAGUCUGAUCGAUACUCAUUAGUUGGCCCAAGUGGUCCCAAACGGGCUCUGUGUAACAGAGGCUAACAGCUGCCACAGGCACACUGGUUCUGUCCAACAUCCACAGCCCACAAAUGGAGGGUGGUCCCAGCAUCCCAGGAGUCAGUCCCCAUUUCAAAUCAAAAACCCUGUCUGGCUCUGACCCCAAACCCCAUCCAGGUCUCCCCUUAUAAGACGUUCUUUAAAGCCCCCCUGAAGCAGAACCAACCAUUGAAUGUCAAGUAAAGUGAGAAUGUGACAAUACAGGAGAAUCAGGAAGAGUCACUGCAACGAUGUGGCCAACGCCCCCCCCCCUACCUCCAAGAGGAAGGAGAGAAGUUUUGGAAACUCCUCUGAAGCUCCCGCACAGCCUCACAGGAACCCCUGCUCCCAUGAUGCCCCCCACCCCACCCCACAUGUGAGGGUCAGACAGAGAUCCCACAUUCCAGAGAUGCAGGCUUGAAGCGCGUCUUUGUUUAAAUGUAAAGAAGAAAAGAGUUGUUGAGCUGGCUGGGCCUGUGUGUGGGACAGAGGGGAGAUUUUAAUGCUGCUUUACCUGCAGAGGGAAAAAAUAUGAUCCCUAAAUCAAAAUUAGAAGAUAGGACUUCAAAAAAAGACUCCUAAAAAAGUGAUCAGAGACCUGUGUUUUGUUUUGUUUUUCAUUUUUGUCAUUGUUUUCUUUCAUUUCUGUUUGUAUUUUGAGGCUUUAACUGCUCUGUCUAAAUGAGAGAAGAAUUGGCUGUAGUCACUUUUGACGAUGUGUGCAGUGUAACGUAGAGAGCUUCUUUUUCACAUCUAUUGUUUGUGUCCGUACGCCAACUGAUGUGUCUGUCUGUCCAGUUGUCCGUCCCUUUUUAUCCGGAGGAACUUACAACCAACAUAAUAGAAAUUUCUUUAAUAUGUAAUAUUCUUUUUUUUUUAUGAAACAGUUUUGGAGAAAAAAAAAACUGUAUAUAGAAUCCAACCUAAAAAAGAAAAACCGAACUUUCAUACCUCACAUAACUCAAAGGAACUUGGGAGGAGAGUUUUUGCAGGCACAUGUGAAAGUCCCGAGCGGCAUAUGGAGAGAAAAAAAGAUUAAACGCGUCUGUAGGAGCUCCUAAAGGACUCUUUCCUCCAGCUCUGGGGCCCGGUUAUUGUUUCAGACGGAAGAACAUGCCAGAAGGUGAAACCUUAAAGGCACGGAGCUGAAACGGCCAGAAAACGAGGGACUCUGCAGAGUGUUUUAAUGGAACUGAAUGUAGCUGACAGAUUGAUGGGGUGGGGACAGACCCCGCAACCGCACCUCCACACACCAGCAGAACAGAUCACGGUGUCAGGCAACAUUACAAACAAAAGAAAAACACAAACUGAAAACAUUUGUGUUGCCCAUCUGCAAGGUGCAGUGCAGCUUUGUGCGUUUUCUGUGUUCAGCUUUCAUCCACUUUCCCGCCGCCUGUUCGGUGUAAAAAGUCUGUCAUCCCACUCUCAUUUAAAUGGUGGGGGGGGGGGGAACUGCAGGAAUUGUGUAAUGCUUGUCACAUUUCCACGUGCGCUCCCUCUCACCUGUGCAUGCAGAUAUUCUAAAGUGCCCCGUGACAUUCAUCAUGAACCUGUGCCUCCUUGUUUGCUAAGAGAUAACAUCCUACCCCCCCCCCCCCCCCCCACCAUGAUCCUGCCACCACACCUGUGCGCUGUGUGGUGUUUGUGUGUUCACCUGUGGAGCCAGAAUCAGCUCAUCCAAAGGAUUGAUGGGGGUGUUGGCAGGAAUGGAGGGUGAAGAGAUGGGGGGGGGGGGGGGUCAUUGAUGCAAGCACCCACAUCACCAAAGUUCAGAAUGAAUCUGUCCCAUUUGUCCAAAGUCUCCUUAAAGUCACCCCCCCCCCUCCCUAAAAAAACCCUGCAGAAUUCAGAAAAUACCCCGAAAAAUUCUGUUUGCUGUUCUAAGUUCUGACGACACGCUUCAAAGAUGCCCCCCAAGAGUGAAGCCCCCUCUCUACACCAGACUGGUCUGUGCUCAGAUGAGUCCUUCAACAGUCUGCCGGGGUUUUGAAAGGCUGGUUUUGUGGGGCUCCAAAGCCCGACCCCUCACAAAACUGGGUUUGAAUGUUGACAGUUUGGACCAGAGUGGAAUCUGUCUAUAACGUCCUGCAAUUCUGUUGUUGUGUUCGAGCCCCCCACCCCCAUGCCAAAUGUAGUAACUAAGACAUGCAGGUAGCAAGAUGUCUAUGCAAUCCCCCCCAAGCCCCCCGAGAAGGUGGUCUCAGCGUAACAACAAAGAGCCCGUCUCGAUGACGAAAUCUAAUUUGGCCAUGCUUGAAUUCCCGAGGCUCUGAGCAUGACCCAAAAACCCGGAUCGCUGGCCUUGAGCUCGGCCCGUAAAUCCCCCAAGCCCCCCUGGGGUCCCAGAGACGAGGAAGGGGGGAGUGGGAAUGCUAUGGAGAACAAGGAUUCCACGGGAUGUGAUGUUUUUUUGUAAACUGCUCUGAGAGCAGAGUGUGCGCGCGCGUCUGUGUGUGUGUGUGUGAGGCGCUUGGAAGGGGUUUGUUGUAGUCCAGGGCUCUCAUAGUUCGGUCGCUUUAGGGCCUCAGAACCCACAUUUGUGAAAUUCCUGUCUCAAAUCUUCAUGUCCUGGGAGCAAGACAAGAGGUUAGACAUCUAAAUGUGAAACCUUUGACUUGUGAGGACGGUUUUUAUCGGAUUUAUAUUUAAAGAAAUGAAACAGAAAAGUUAAAACCUCCUGAGAUGAACCUGCUGACCCUCCAUUUUUGCUAAAGCACUUAACUCAAAGCACUUUGAAAGGCUGGACCCCCCCCUUAAAGUGGAGGAAUCUUUAGUUCUAAUUGUUACUAGAUGAAGAAAAAGUUAGUUUGUAACCAAAUGCUUUUUGCACCAUUUUAAUGUUUAUUUAAAUUAGUUUAAGCCCCAAAAAUUCCAGAAGCUUUAGCCUUUAGGCAAAUCAUUCAACAAAAAAAGAAUACAUUCUUUUACUUUUGACAAAGUGCAAUAGGUCAAAGAGUAAUUCGAUCUGUUUCGUACAUUUAGGGAACUGUUGCAUCCUUUCAUGAGAGCCUCCUGUCCAAGCGCACACACGUGCAGACACACACACACACACACACACAAAUGACUAUUUGAGAGUGGGUGAAAGAAGCUAUUGAAGGAUUCUCUCAGGUAAAAAGGAAAAAACAUUUUCUAAUAAAUGAUGAUAAACCUUAGAAGAAAAGCCAUUGUUCCUUUUGUUUUUUGCUUCUUCUUCUCCUCAAUUAUCAAUUUUCUUGUGCAUUUUCUCCAGUGUAGCGCUGAAACAAAAAGAAUUGAUGUCUGUGUUAAUACAAAUUGGAGUUGACCUUCACACAGAAAUCCUCAGCGGGUCCUUGCUUUAUUAAGCCGAAAUGAAAAGAAUAGUGUUUGGAGUCUUCUUCAUGCUGCAUGCAGUGGAAGUGGUGGAUGGGAAACAGCUGCAGUGGUAGAAAUGACCGGAUGUCAGACGUUCUGUCAAAGCCCGCGUGGUCCAGUGACACUGCUCCUGGACUCUAAGGCCAAACUAAAACCAGUUUUGUCAGGUUUCAUUUCUGGAGAGACAGAAUUCAAGUCAUUCAAAUGUUUGCUUACACAAAGUUUCUGUGUAGGAGGAAAUAUGAUGUUGCGCUUCAAAAAAUCUUCUUUACACGGCCAAAUGUUUGUUUAAAUUAACAUUAAAACCUCCCAACUAAGUUUAGAGGGAAAAGUGAAGUAAAUGUCCCAAAAUAAUCCUGUUUACUCAGUCAGGUGAAGACUUCCUGUUAGUUUCAACCAAGCCCCUUGUUCAGAUCUACAACCCUCCACGCCACAUGUGGGACGACCAGAACCUGAAGCUAAUGAAAGGCAGAUGGUCGUGAUGUGUAACACAAACGCUUAAAGACCCACUCCGAUGAAAUUUGUGUUUUUAACAUGUUCUUGUGGCAUUUUCCUGAUGAUUGAGAACAUAUAUAUAAAGAAAAUUAAGCUUAAAAUUGACUUUCCGAGUAUGUCUUUAAUUCUUGUGAAUCAGGAGCAGACAAAAAAAAUCAAGGGGCAGUUCGACAAAGAUCUUAUUUGUGAUGUAGAAAAAACUUUGACGCUCACAUGCGUUAUCUACAGAGAAAAUACAUAAAAGCAAAAGACGAAAUACUGCAAACCUUUAGAUUUAAAAAAAUGAAAAACAAGUUUUUACCUAUUGAUAUUUCUGCAGAGUGGAAAGAUAAAGUUUUUCGCGUCCUGCUGAAGGAUUUCAGGUCAAUUUUAUAGCUUUUUGUUUUCACCUCAAGGAUUUAUUAAUCAGAUUAUCUUCAAAACGUUCGCUAAGACAUUAGAAUACUGGAGAUAAAUCUGAUUUAAUGAAAAAAGCUUUACUGAUUUGUAAGAGGAAAUUAAAAAUCGGAUGUCUUACUUAGAUAUCCGAUGAGGAAUAUUACAUUAAGCCUAAUAGAAUCUUGAUUUGAAUAAUUUGAUGGCGUUUCUGUUCGUUUGAACAGAAAGUUGGCUGUGACUGAAUGGCAGAACAGGACACAAAGUCAGCCAAAUCUUCGGCUGUUCUGUAAAUACAAUAGUUAAAAAUAGUGUUUUUUAUUUUAUGCUGAAAUUAUUUAUGUCCUUUAAUGGUUCUUUCAUUUUUUUAAAUUCAAAAAUGUUCUUUAAUCUGGUUCAGCAUCAAAAUUCCUAACAUUUAGAUUAUUUUCCUUUCAUGAGUGUAUCUUCUAAAAAAACACAUUUAUUUGUUCAAAAAGCCAUCAUCAUCAUCAUCAUGUUUGUGUACAUUUUUGCUUUUCUCCUGAGCAAAUGCCUGAAAGUUCAGUCCUUUCCCUGACAUUUCCAGUCGCUGCACCUCCUGUCCUCUAAGGUCGCGGUGACGGCAGCAGCAUUGUCCACGCCGUCACGCUACUCCAGAACCUACAGAGGGACUGAGGUUGCUGCACACCGUUGUGCCGGGAAAUGGACAUGUGGCAGGGAUAAGCAUGCUAAUGCUGUGCUUGUUGUGUCUGGGCUGUACAUUUGACCGCAAAAGCCCCUUUUUUAGGUUGUGGCACUGAAAAGUUUCUAUACAGCAGGGUGUAGAUGAUGCCAACAGAGGAUAAAGGAAAAAAGCGUUUUAAGAUCUUUAAACCUUCAAAAGUAGAUUGCAAAAACCCGGACCAGAUGAAAAAAUUCAGCCUGCGAUGACUCCAACAAAUAUGAACUUUACUGCAGGUUUUCAGGCAAAGCUGCCUUUAAUUCCAACUCCCAUUAAAUGAUCCCUUAUUGAUGGCUUGAGUUGACCUCCUCUUGGCAUCAUGUUUGGACAUCAGCAGAGAUUGAUUAUGAAAACUGUGGAAUUUUAUCUCGUGACAAGAUUUAUGUUCAGAGUUAAUAACCCCUGGAAAUCAUUUUUUAAAGUUGCACACAUUCUGAUUAAAUACUAAAUCUAAACUAGUUGGCAACAGCAAUGUAAUUUAAAAACUGUAAAACACGUACCUGCAUUAAAAAAAUGUCUUUGCUACAAAGUAAAAGUUAAAACAACCAUGUUAUCAACGUUUUUAGAAUAAAUUUAGAGAACUAUAGCAAAUAAAAAUAAAUACGAAAAAGGGUUGGGUCAUAUUUUUUCCAGUUUCACGCAAAAGAUUAAUUUAUUGAUAAUUUAGUCAUCCUAAAUAGCGAUAUUAGCUUAAAUGUAUAUGUUGUAUGUUAUUCGAUUAUCAACUAAAAACUUUGCCAUGCAAUAACAAAACUGUGCCACAAGGUGGUGAUGGAGGGUCCAAGAGAAUACAAUGUUAAAUAAGGUUUAAGCCUUAUCUUUACCAAAUUCAUGUCUCAGUUAUUGAUCAAAAACAAAUUUAAGCAAACAAUUUACCAUUUUUGAAUUCUUUGAGGCAGAUUAAGAGCCUCUGGAGGCUGACUGUGGUAUUGCGCUUUUGGUCAAGGUGUAGGAUAAAUAAAUAUUAGGAAAAAAGGUUUUUGAGCUACAAAAGUGCCACAAGUUUUGUGUUUGGACACAUUUAUCAUUUCAAAUUAUAAUUAAAAUCACCCAUAGUUGUCGUGACAUCAACAAACGCUAUAAUUCUGCUUUUACUGUCUUAAACUAAUAGACAAACAGGAAAGUCAAUGCAAAGACAGCUAAGAAUGUACACAAAGAGCUGAUUUAUCUAUAAUUACAGAUUCACAGUAGAUGAGAAUUUAAAAAGGUGACUUAGUGUAGAGAAUAUAAAACAAAUGUCUGGUAAAUUAGCAGGCUUUCUAUCUGUUCAGAGAUUCUCUGGUUUGAUGAAAUUGCCUCAAAGUGUGUUCACCGAGCUCCUCAUCAUCCAGCAUCCUUUCCUCAUCCUCUGUUCUGCCAACACACUCAGAUCAUCAGCUCUUCUGCUGCCUGGAGCUCGAAGGACUGUCCUGCAGGGCCUCCGUCGGAGCAUUUGUGUCCUUCAUCCUGUUUGGAGUCACUUUCUGCAGCACCAGCACGUCACUAAAACAGCCUCCUCACUGUUCCUCCUCUCACUGCUCCCCAUCGAUGCAUGACAGAAAACCACCAGGCUCUUUGUGUGUUUUCAAAAAAUCUGCGCUUCAAGAAGAAGUUUCACUGCUCCGCCAGCUUGCUCAUGCAAGUCCAUUGGAAAGAUAUCAGCUAUUUAUUUUAGUGCCCAUUAUGUUUUUUUAAGGUUCCUGGACUCUGUUUUGGUGUCUGGCUGCUGGUGGGCUUAUUUUAUGCACAUUUGUAUUACUUCAUUUCCAAAAUAUAUGUUCAUAUAUGUUCAUAUAGGUGCACAAUGCCAAGGUGCAGCCAGUUCAUUUUACUUGAUCAAAUACAAAAAAAUGUCCAUGACAGAUUGAUGCAUUUGAGUAAAUGUUUUGCAAAGCUUACGUGUGGAAAACAUGUCAGCACAUGCGUUUAGUGGCAUUGUAGUGAAAAAAGGAGCUAACACUUUGCAGAAACGAAGCUCUGCCGCUUUGGUUUUUGGACUCUGCUUGGGGUGACUGACAUCAAAUUCUGUGAUGUUCACAUCCUCCCAAAAGCUGUUCAUGCAAACCAGCAUUUACAGACAAAAAAAAGCCAUUUGUGCUGCUUUCUACCACUUUUGCUGUGGGUCCUUGCUUCCCUGUGACUGCAGAGAAAACUACGCAAAAGCUCUGACACUCCAGGGUCCAUUUUUGGGAUUACAGACUUCCAGAAGGUGCCAAAAAUCGGACUUUAGAUGUAUUUUCUGACAUGUCGGACAGCUCUUUGUGAAAACAGUCAACUCUGAUUACCUCUGGACACGGUGACAGUGGAGUAAAGCCCCUGCCUGCACUGUUUUUUGCCUCAAACUUUAUCGGUUUCUUUUUAUGAACAGGAGUCAUCACUUUUGAGUCUGAUGUGGCAAAAAAAGUAGCGGAAAACAAAGAGGACAGCAAAUGUACUUAUGAAUUAAAUGUUAUCAGCCCUUUAAAAAUCAUUUUGACUCAGGCAGACAUGAUUUAUCUCUUUAAACAAAACCUUGUUAAAUCCAGCGCCUUGGACUGUGGAUUAUUUCUCAGCCAAGAAUGAAAAGGCUGCCUCUGAGUUGGACUUUUUGUUGUUUUGUUGUGAGAUUUUCAUUCAAUGAAACAAGUUUAUGGCAGAUUUUUCCUAAACCGUAAUCUGUUUCUGCAGAAUCUUAACAUUUGGGGGUGAAAUGAGUUAAAAAGCUUUUGAACAUUUUUUUAGAAAUAAAAAUAUAAAAAGACCAAAAAGCAAGAUAUGAGCAACGUUGGCCUCAAUUCAGCAGCUUGACUCAAUCAUUUUUUAACUAUGCUUAACCGUUAAAUGUUAAGCCCAGACAACUUUAGAAACCCUCUUUUUAGUUGUAGACCUCAAACUAAUUCUUUUUCAAGUUUCCUUUGGCAUUCUUGCUUGAAAAACAACAGAAUACUAUUAACCUGUGAAUGCACCAUUUAUUUGAAGUAGCAGAGCUAUGAAGCAAACCCAACAAAUUGAAGCCCAGAUGCGUCUGUUGAGGGUUCCAAUAUGCAAAAACGUCAGACCGCUAUGCAGAGCAGCAGGAACGUCACUGAGGUUAGUAAACGUCAAGUAUAGACAACUGCAUAACAAACAAUACGUUUUUUGUCCUUUUUUAGUGGUUUUGUUCUUCUGUGAAAGCAUUUAAGCAGCAAAAAGAAUUCUGAGAUAAACCGAUCUGUGUCAAUUCUCAAGAAACGUCUCCCACAAACCAUUUCCUGUUUUACUGUGUACUUUUUAAUGUUCUUUCUACCAAGUACAUUUAAAGCCACACCGUCAUACUCCGUCAAAUGACAUCAGACCUGAAAAAGAAGAAGAUCCGGGUUAGAUAAAGGUCUUUUUGGCAUCACUCGGCCGUCGGAAACCACCUUGUUUUUUUAGAUUUGUGUCACGGACGCCGUUAGAUUUUAAGGUUGUCAGUCAGAAAAACGUGAAAUUUAUCAGGAAUUUCUAACAAUUAAAAUAGUUGUGUUGUCUUUGUGUUAACUUUAGUAUCAGUAAAGGUCACUCAUGUUGAAACAUGAAGCUGGUCUCUAAAAAGCCAGAAAUCAGGUUUGGGACUCCUGAACAUUUUUUAUUUUGUCUCUUUAGCUUUUUUGUCAUAUUUUUAUUUUUCCCUUUGAGUUUAGACCUGAUAACUGACUUACGGUGUUAAUAAUUUGCAAAAGAAUCCACAUUAAUGUAGGUGAGCAUACUGAUAGAAGGGGCAGGCUGUAGAUACUAGAAUAUAUUGAUGUCUCUUUAACGGGCUGAUACCAUCCAGUCGCUAGCAGUUGUAGCACUUUCAUGCCUCAAAAGAAUAGCAAAAAAGUUUCUUCCUCGUCUGCAGCUAAAUGAAAAAAAAAAAAAAU